CUGGUUCUUUGUUUCAGCUCCUCAGCACCGAACUAUCGACAACCCGGCCCUACAAUUGGCGGGGGCCAAUGCAGAAUUGCAGAUCCCGCGCUGCCAAGCACCGAACUGGUGUGUGUUUCGGAGGCCGCAACAAAUCGGCGACGGCCUUAAAAGCCCCUGCCAACCCCGACGUCGCCGCCGUCCGACAACCGCCGAACGCGACCUUACCGGAUCACAUUCUUUUCAGAAGUACAGAAUGCCCAGCAAAGGCGUGCAUGCGUUCACGUACAUCGCGGUGCCGGGCUGCUCGAUUGAGCUGUCGGUGCCGGGGCAGACCGUGAAGGUGGAGGAGCUGAACCGCUUCUCGAAAUGCCACUUGGAGGUCGAGGCGCGCGCGAUCGACAGCUUCUUCGACAAGCGCGGCCGCUUCACCUUCAAGGUGUUCCACCAGGGCAACCAGAUCACCGAGCAAUGGAUCGACGUCAACGCGCUCACGGGCAACGCCAGCGGAGGCACCAUGGAGUCCAUCGCCAACCAGCGGUCCAUCGUCCACGGCAACGGCUUCAUCAUCUGCUACGGCCUGUACGAGGCCGGCGACGGCCAUGACCUACUCCCCGCGCAGCACCAGUGCUACAUCACUGUGGCGCCCAACUACGCCGACUGGAUGCGCAGCGUCGCGCCUCCGGGCUCGGACCGCGAGAACAAACCCUUCUCCCGGCUCGUCCUGCCGGCGGCCCACGACGUGGGCAUGAACAGCAUGGCAAGCAGCGAGGCGGUGCUGCGGCGGGUGGGUGGCGCCGUGGUAUCAACCCUCAUCGAGCACGGCGACCCCAAGGUGCGCGAGAUCCUCUCCCGUCUGGCCGACAAGCUGUCGGCCGACGCGAUCGCGCUGAUCGCGCCCAACAUCAUCUUCAGUCUGGCCAUCACGCAGAAGGACGACCUGGCGACCAUGCUGCAGAUCGGCGCGCGCUACUUCGAGUUCCGCCCGGCGCGCCUGCACAGCGCCGUCCGCCCCACGGGCGCCCUGCCCGACGCGCUGUACUUCCAGCACAGCGCGAUCCCGGGCAUGGCGUACGACGCCUUCCUGCGGGACGUGGUCGCCUUCCUGCGGGAUCACGGGGACGAGAUCGUCGUGGUGCAGCUGCGCUGGGACGGCGUGCCGCUCGACGUCUGCGCGGGGCCGGCCGAUGACGAGAAGCGGCGCUGCCUGGACGAGGCGCUGCAGCAGCAUGCCAACGGGGAGAUUGUCGUGGGGAACCUGGACGACAUGAAGCGCCACAGCAUCGGCCAGCUGCGGCGCGAGCGCAAGCGGCUGAUCAUGCUGGACAGCGUGGACUCGCUGUCGACCUACACGGACGAGGGCAACGCCACGCUGGAUGGGGAUAGCAUCGUCGAGGCGCUCCCGCGAGUGCUGACGCGCGAGAACCAGCGGGGCAAGGCGUUCGUCAACAUCCAGUGCCAGGCGACGGCGUCGAACAUCCCGAGGGCGGUGGUGUAUUCCGUGCUGGAGGCCAGCGCGACCACGAGCUGUCUGCUGGCGACCAAGGGGAUAUGCGAUUCCAAGACGCUGCCGUGGUGCAGGGAUAACGUCCUCGACAAAUGCGAGCUCGACCAGCUUGUUGUCUUGAUGAAUGACUGGAUCGAUGGUGGCACGGCCGAUGUUGCCGUUCAGCUGAGCAGGCAAAGGCUGGAGAGAUGAAGCUGUCCGUUUGUGGUGGUCCUUGUCCGGACAGAGGCAUGCCAGGCGCUGCUUAGACCCUUAUGACGGAUGGUGCACAUUUUGUGUGCUG